AUGAAGUCAUAUGGAGAAAAGACCUCUGGAUUGGAGAAGGUGGAGAAUGCGUUGAGGGCUAUUCUGGUCAAGUUUGAUCAUAUUGUGGUGGCAAUUGAAGAAUCUAAAGACUUGUUAGAGAUGAAGCUUGAAGAAUUGCAAGCAUCUCUUGAAGCGCAUGAGAUGAGGUUGAAGCAAAGAGAUUCAGAAAAUGUAUCUGAACAGAAGUUUGCUCAUUAUGCUCGAGUCUGCUACUACAACGAGAAUAAUAAUGGGAACAAGGGUGUGUCUCAAUUUUCUCAUGAAGGUAGCAAUGAAUCUAAAGAUGUUAUCUUGAUGGUUGCAACACAUUUGGCUUUGGAGAAAGAAAAUGUGUGGUACCUUGAUACGGGUUGUAGGAAUCAUAUGACAAGCAACAAGAACUGGUUUAUCAAGUUUGAUGAAUCGAUUAGAAGAUCAAUUUGUUUUGCAGACAACAACAUGGUGACAUCGAAAGGAAUAUGCAACAUCAGGAUGAAAAAGAAGGAUGGGCAUGAAGCUACCAUCAAGGAUGUCUUGUAUGUUCCUUCAAUGGCAGGUAACUUGGUUAGCUUGGGUCAAUUACUUGACAAGAAUUACACAAUGAAGCUGGAAGGAACGAAACUCAAGGUGUUCGAUGAAAUGUAUAGGCUAACUCUAAGGUCACCUUUAUCAACCAACAAGACAUUUAAGGUCAUGAUCAAUAUGCCUGAUCAUCAAUGUCUUGCGUCAACUACAACUGAAGAUAAAAAUUGGGUUGACAUUGAUACGUCUCGUGACUGUAUAUAG